UUGUACAUUUGACUGAGCAUGUGUCUAUUGCUUAGCUAUUAGCCUGUAGAGAUGGCCGCAGACAAGCACAACGAAGCUAAAGUUUCUCCCACGGAAGAAAAUAAGGAAAAUAUACACGAGGAAGGACUUGGUUUGGAGAUUUUACAGAUCAUUAAGGAGUCCCAGCAGCAGCAUGGCCUCAGGCACGGAGACUACCAGAGAUACAGGGGCUACUGCUCCCGUAGGCUGCGUCGCCUACGAAAGGCUCUUGGCUUCAAAAUGGGCAACCGACACAAGUUUGUUGGGAAGAAGGUCACCGUAGAAGUGCUUUCAGACAGUAGGUACCUCCUGCUGGUUCUGAUGGAGGCAGAGCGUGCAUGGAGCUACGCCAUGCAGCUAAAGCAGGAGGCAAACACAGAACCACGGAAGCGAUUCCAUCUACUUGCACGGCUACGCAAAGCUGCCAAGCACAGUGAGAAGCUGGAGAAGCUCUGCGAGAGCCCCCGGGUCGAUGCCAAGACCAAACUGGAGGCACAGGCGUACACUGCUUACCUGACUGGGAUGGUGGAUUUUGAGCUGCAGGAAUGGAAACUUGCCAUGGAAGCCUUCAACAAGUGCAAGACCAUCUAUGAGAAACUGGCCAGUGCAUUCACAGAGGAGAUGGCAGUUCUGUAUCGUCAGCGUGUGGACGAGAUAUCGCCCAACAUCCGUUACUGUGCUUACAACAUUGGUGACCAAAACGCCAUCAAUGACUUGAUGCAGAUGAGGCUGACUGGUGGAGGAGGUGGCAUGAUGGCUGAGAAGCUAGAGGCCCUGAUCACUCAGGCAAGAACCAAGCAGGCCGCCACAAUGAGUGAGGUGGAGUGGCGAGGACGGACGGUGCCUGUGAAGAUUGACAAGGCCCGCAUUUUCCUGCUGGGUCUGGCAGAUAACGAGGCUGCCAUUGCCCAGGCAGCUAACGAGGACACCAAAGAGCAUCUGUAUGAGACUCUGCUGGCCGAGUGCAGAGACACCAUCCAAGCUGUGAGAGAGGAGCUGAAGAGCGAGGCGAAGCAGCGCGAGAGGAGCUCUGAUAAUGACAGCGGGAAGGUGUCCAACCUUCAGUUCCUGCACAGCUAUCUGACUUACAUCAAACUGUGUACGUUGGUGAAGAGGAAUGAGAGCAUGGCUCACACUUUGCAGGCUAAACUGAAGGAGACUGAAGCUGAUGAAAACAAGAGGGGGCCUCGCCCUCAAGAUCUCAUUCGACUCUAUGACAUCAUCCUACAGAGUCUGGCUGAGCUCUCCACCCUGCAGGGUCUGGAGGAUGACCACACCUUCCAGAAGGAGGUAUCCCUCAAGCUGCUGGUCUACAAGGCCUACAGGUGUUUCUUUAUAGCUCAGUCUUAUGUGCUGGUCAAAAAGUGGAGCGAGGCCUUGGUGCUGUAUGAGCGGGUGUCGAAAUAUGCCAAGGAGGCCCAAUCUAAGGCUAAAAGUCUAAACAAUAGUCUGAAGGACCUUCCUGACAUUCAGGAGCUCAUUGCUGAGGUCAAUGCUGAAAAAUACUCACUUCAAGCUGCUGCCAUUUUAGACACUGAUGAGACUGCAGAAGUUUCCUCUCAGCAGCAGGUGAAGGACAACACGCCUCUCUGUGACCGCCUGGAAAACUUCCGCUUGGACACCACUCUCGUAGGAAAGCAGCCCAAUCUGGUCCAGUUCCCCCCUGACUUCCAGCCAAUCCCCUGCAAGCCGCUUUUCUUCGAUCUAGCCCUCAACCACGUGACCUUCCCACCGCUGGAUGAUAAGGUGGAGCAGAAGGGCAAGGGCGGCCUGACCGGCUACAUCAAGGGCAUCUUUGGCUUUGGCAGCUAAGUCGUUGACCUGCACUCGAUGGCAACAAGGCCCGACGUUUCACAGCCAUCCAGACGUAGUUCAACUGGAAUCAUUUAAGUUCCUUUUAAAAGUUUAAUUUUUAGUGCCUAUGUGCAAAAUGGUGGGGGUCUGCAGUUCUGCAGGAAGGAGGAAUGCGUCAGAUCUCCAAGGAAAGAAUAUAGAUGAGAAAUUAUUCUACUUUUCAAGUAGCAAUAUGACCCAAAGUUAGCUGCUGCCUCUAGUGAUGCUACCAGACCUACAGCUGUCACAGGGUUAAUGCUGUCUUAUUCAUAGUUACAGCCAAGUUAGAGUCAACAAGCCAUUGUGGAGCUCUUAGGUUAUUUGUUUCAGUUAUAUAUGUGCCAUCGUGUAGCUUGGUUUUCUUUGUUCCCGUGUGACUGUUUUUUUUUAACGAUUAAAAUCAGCACCUGCAUGAAAUUAUUCUGCAAACUGAUGAAUUUUAUCAUAAUUUUUCAUUUCACUUUCAGGAUUCAUCACUGAUAAAAUGUGAUGUUUUCCUCAUUUUAAGUGAUUUUUGCUCUGUUUCUGAUGUCACAUUUCCAGAUAAAAGUAAUUUAAGGUGAGAUAAAGGUAAAGCCACGGACACCAUCCAAGCUUUUUAUUCCAAACUCAAACCUGGUUAGUCGUGUUAUUGAUUUGAGUGGAGUCUUUGUAAUAUACCCCCUUAGUUUUAGUUAAAUGUACAUUAUAAACUGUUAAAUGUUUGUCUGGUGACAUUUGGCAUCAAACCACUGUGGGUUCAGACAAGGGUCCAGCUGAUUCACAUCAUCUGAAUGGAUACUCGUUUUCACGUGUUUUACAGCUGAAGUUCCUGCUGGUGUUGAACCUGCAGAAAACAGCAGAUUUAAGGGACAGAGGAAGCUUUAAGCAGCCUCACAUUCAUCAUCUCCCCUCGUAGUUUAUCUUGACUCAGACAAAUGUUUUCAACAUGAAUGGGAGUCCUGUGAUGCUAGAAGCAUCUUUUACCACCCAUCGUAUUUCAGGUGUAACGCUGACUUUGUUCCACACCCAAGCUGCUCAUUUCUUCUGCUCCUGGAGGGACCUGGUUCACCUGCGACACCAGGUGAAACACUAGCUAGAGGACGGUUGUUGCUCACCCACUUGCACAGUUACCGUUUUGCUUACUUCUUACUUACUUUUGAUGUUUAAUGUUGAAAAGAUUAAAAUUUUCUUCCAUAAGGCUGGAAACAUAUUAAUCAGGACCAGUAACUGUUGAAGGAAUCUGGGAAGAGGAGUGUGUGAUUUUCAUUUAGUCUCCAGGCUUGUGAUUAAAAAAAAUAUUUGCAACAAA